GGCCGUCAAAUUGGCCGACGCAGACGGUGCUACCUUAACCACCGACCCCCUUCACGCAGCUGAGCUGCACAUCGAGCUGAGGCGCAAGAGAAGCGUGCACUGGAAUGGCAUUGAGAUGAAUGAGAACUCAUUGCUGGAACACUUGGAGGCACACGAACUGGCGCUGAUCUUUGGCACAACAAAUGAGCCCCCCGAAUUCAAAUUGGUGCAUUUAAGGCGGCGCGCAAUGGAGGCUAAAGAGCUGGAGCAGGAACAGGAGAAGGGGCAAAGGCGCUGGCGACGCAGCACCUCUCCGGCCCAUAAAGGCGCCAACGCCGCCUUCUCGGAUGCAGAUGGCGGCGAGCAUUUGGUGGAGUUGCAGCUUCAGCAAACGCCCCAUCUAAUUGACGACGCCUUCAUCUUCAUCAGACGCACUGCGAACAACACGCAAUUCAUUGAACAUUCGCCGCAGCAACUAAAGCGUUUGGAGCGUUGCUUCUAUCGCAGCUCUUGGGCAGCGCUCGACUUGUGCGAUCCAGAGAGAGUGCGCGGUGUGUUCCAACAGAAUGCGAGUGACUUCGUCAUACAUCCCCUCCCAACACGUUUCGGAGCCGCAGCACAUCUGCUGUAUGAAGCGCGAAAAGAUAAGCUUGGAAGCGUGCUGAUACCGUUAGGCAGUGGUGUACAGUUCGAGCCCGAUGCAGCCGAGUUCAACGAACCGCGGCGCAGCAGUAACGUUGAAGCUAAGUCAUUGGCCGGAUUCGAGAAACUGCAGCGGCUGCCACUGAAUCUGCGCUAUAAGCCGCGCCACCAUCAUCCGUACAAGCAUGGGGACAGCAGACAACUGGGGAAGCGGCCACGUCGCCACAUUUCAUCUGGGGGUCGACAUUGGCGGGCUGGUCCGCCCCAUGAGCUGCACAUUGAGACGGCCAUCUUUGUGGACAGCGAUCUGUAUAGGCACAUGGAGAAGAACUUUCCCAAGGACACUGAAAGCCAACUGAUACGCUUUGUUCUGGCCAUGAUCAACGGGGUGCAGCUGCUGUAUCAUCAUCCCACCCUGGGGCGACGGAUUAACUUUGUGCUAAAACGGCUGGAAAUCUUUCGGAAGGAUCCGCCCGAUCUGCGGCGGUCGAGCGACAUUGAUCAGUAUUUGAGCAAUUUUUGCAUGUGGCAGAAGACCCUGAAUCCUUUAUCGGAUGCGGACAGCUUGCAUUACGACCAUGCGGUUAUACUGACUGGCCUCGACUUGUACGUAAUUGACAAGAAUGGGAAGGCUACAAGCCAGGUGGUGGGCUUGGCACCGGUUUCGGGCAUGUGCACGGUCACCUCUUCGUGUACCAUCAAUGAGGGCAAGCAUUUCGAGAGCGUCUUCGUGGUGGCUCAUGAGAUCGGACACAACUUGGGCAUGCGACACGACACCAAAGAAAUCAACUGCGAUCCCAGCUUGCACAUAAUGUCGCCUACACUGGGAAGUGGCAAGAACACUUGGUCGGAGUGCUCACGCGACUAUCUAGAGAAGUUUCUAGAACAACCACAGGCUGAGUGUCUCUUCGAUCGAGGCCAGUUCAAGGAACACUUGGAUCAUGCCGCUGAGGGCAUGUUGCCCGGCGAACGUUUCGAUGCCAAUCAACAGUGCAUGCUGAAAUACGGUCGAAGCUCAGUUCGGGCCAGCGUCCAAAGCAAAUCGGAAAUAUGCCACGAUUUGCAUUGCCAGCGCGAUCGAUACACAUGGACCUCGCACCCGGCGCUCGAAGGCACAGAGUGUGGCGACGGCAUGUUUUGUCGUGGCGGCUACUGUGUAAUGAGGCCCACACAACAGCCACCGAUUAGUGCGCUGAAACAGCUUUCCAGUCUGCCUAAGCCCAGCUACGACAAGGCAAACUUUGUGGAGUCUAGUAAAAUGGGUCAGCUCUUGCACGAGCAGAGCUAUAACUAUAACAAGGCCAAUGAGAUCACUGCAAGCGCGACAUGGAGCGACUGGGGCGAGGCCAGUGCCUGCGAAUCAGGAUGCCUUUACGGGCCCUCAAAUCGACUACGCGAAGGCAGUACCGGUUUGCGGAUCUACAAUCGCAGUUGCCUGAAUUACCGACAUCGAUGCAUGGGGCGCGAUCGCAAGUUCGAGUCCUGUAUUGCCAAAAAGUGUUACAGUGUGCCAGUCCAAACGAUUGCAGACUUUGCCACGCAGGUGUGUAAGAAAACGCAAAAGUCCGAUAGCGAGCUGACGGGCGAGGGACUACAAUUGGUGUCUAGCACCGAGGAAUCGUGCAAGGUGUUCUGCAAGACAAAGACUAAUGGCACAAAAUCACGUCGUUGGACCUUUCCCGAUGGCACGACAUGCCGCUCCAAACAUCAUGCUAGCGACGACAUAGCUUACUGCAUUUCGGGCCGUUGUGAGAGGUUCUCUUGCGAUAAUACCACAACUAAUUUCUUUAAAAUGGACAGCACCUUCUGCCAACAUCGUGCGCCGCGUCCUGUACACGACUCCACGGAAAUGGAAAGCAAGCUCCACAACAACUACCAAAACAACGUGAACUACAAACGAUAUGCAGAGGGCACCGACAAUGGCAACAGCUACCAGGAGAACCGCAUUGCGUUGGCCACCACUCGAAGUCGCUAUGAAAAUGAGGUAGCUCUGCGCAGUUUCCAUGGCCAGGAGAACUACGUUCAGUAUCCUUACAAGCGCAAGGUCUCAUCAUAUGAACCCUAUCGCAAAUACAACUACAACGUACAGCCUCCAGAACCACCAAAAACUACUCCACCUCCCCCCUUUGUCUCACUGAAAGCUUAUGGAGAUAACUCGCCCACAGAGUGGGUCGUCAAGUCUGGCUGCCACUCUAGCUGUAUGGCCGAGUCCAAGGGACUGCAGGUGGUGAGCUCGCGGUACACGGGCACUCGCAACAUCCAGCUUUGCACGCACAAGGUGAAGCCUUGCGAACGUCUGACAACAGCCGCCGAGUACGCGGAACAGACAUGCGCACGUUACAAGCUUAAGGUGCGAGGCCUGUCCGGCCAUGGGGCGCAGAUCUCGGCCAGCAUUGAUGAGCCGGAUCGCAGCUGUCGAGUGGGCUGUCAAGACGAAUUCAUCAAGUACCGCUAUUACCUGGUCAAUGGUCCCAAUGGACACUUUCCCCUGGGUACACGCUGUUCUCAAGUGGAUCAGCGCUACUGUGUGAACGGAAAGUGCUUAGAGUUUGGCGACGACAAUCUGCCGCUCCAACAGUCCCACAUCAGUUUGGCACUCUUCCGCAGUCGACGUGAUGUGGAAGACGGAAGGCAUCAGCAUCAGCAUCAGAGUCAGCGUCGACGUCAGAAACGCAGUUUUCUUUACUACGAUCCUGUUAACAUAACUGAGACCAUCACACAGGAGUUCUUGAACAACAUUGCGAACAGUAUUAUAGACUUUGAGCUUAAGCAUCUGGAGGGAGAACGUCCCCAACUGGCUGCGGAACACAUCGAAUUUACAAAUCCUAUACACGUUUCUAUGAACGACUGAACGUAGUAGUAUAACCAAGAAGUAUGCUUCAAUGCUUACAGUAGAUAGAUAUACAAGUAUUCAGUGUUCAUACUGAUCUAAAAGUAAGUUAGGCGCAUGUGCAUGUAUGUAUUUAUAAAGUGGAUCGAACGAGAAUUAGAUAAA